AUGAAGUUUGUGAAUUUUGGAAUGAGUUGGGUGUCGAUGGUGAUGCUAGUGAUGGUGAUGUUGAGUAUCGCAGUGAUCUCCAGCACACCGCUACAGUGUGACGAUCCGGAAGAAAAUCCAGAGGCUACGUACGGGAAGCUACAAUCGAUUCCACCACCCAGUGGCAGUGAUUCCAUCGCAUUGGCGGAUCAACCGGUACAGUUUGUACCACCCAAAACGCAACAGGACGUGCUAAAGUCGAGAAAUUCUAAAUUUCUCGGUGUAGAUCGAAGCUCAGAGGAGUCGUAA